UCCGGGAAAAAGAAAAAAUCAGACGCGAGGCGAUGACGCAGCAAUCCCCGAUUCAAACCGACGAAUAAUAUUAACUAUUAAAGCGGUCACUCGAUCUACCGAGUCUUUUGGGCUCGCGUUUCAACUCGAUCCCAAAAGCUCACUUCGAUCGGCCGGACCAGGUCAGUCCGCCGCCCUCCCUCCCUCCCUCCCUCCCUCCGUUUCCUAAAGCACGAAGCAGAAGAGGAACGAAAGAGGGUUUUUGGGAAACCACCACCGGCCUCCCAAUCUCAAACCCUCCCUCCGCCAUCGACCGAUUCUUCCCCAAAAUGGCGUUGCAGAGCAAUAACUGCUUCGCUCUCCUCCUCUCAAAACCUUCCUCCCCCUCCCCCCGCAAUGACCGCCCCGCCCUCUCCGCCUCCGCCGCCGCCUCCGCCGCCGGGUUCCUGAGAAGAUCGCCGCCGCCGCCGCCUCGGCCUCGUGUCCUCCGCCUGGCGUGCGCGAGCGUCUGGGGCGACGCCGCGAGCAGCAGCAGCAGCAACAUGAAGAAAGGAUCGGUGCCGAAUUCCAACUACGUCGUCCCCCUGGACCGGUCGUUCUCGUCCUCCUACACCUCCUUCAUCACCCGCCCGCUCGUGGAGAUACUCCGCGACCUCAACAAGAGGAUCCCCGACGACGUCGUCAAGCCUCGGCCCUCGCACGAUCACGCCUCCUCCCCCAACUCCAUUCCCUGGUACCAUGCUAAUCGGAUGAUGAGCUUCUAUGCCCCUGGGUGGUGCGGAGAAAUACGUGAUGUUAUAUAUUCUGACAGCGGAAGUGUGACUGUGGUAUACCGUGUUACCAUAAGAGGAUCUGAUGGAGAGGCAUAUCGAGAGUCAACUGGGACGGUUUCAUGCAGCCAUGGUGAAAUUGCAGACCCAGUGGCGGCAGCAGAGGAAAUAGCUUUCUGUAGAGCAUGUGCUCGGUUUGGCUUAGGCCUGUAUCUGUAUCAUGAAGAGUAGAUGCCGUUCUCUUUGAGGGCAUUAACUUUGUUCGUUUCGUUCAGGAAUUGGCUGUAGUUUGUCAAACUCCACGAAUAUGUGUACAUAAAAAGUAGACGAGAUGUGGUCAUCUAUCAUAUUCACAGACAGAAUAGGAUUGUGAAUAUCAAGGCAUAGUUUUUUAAAUUGAAUGGAAAUUUCUCAUGGAUUUAGCACAUAAA